UUUUUUUUUUUAAAAAAAAAAAAACAGACAAAAAGACUUGGCAUUGUUUUGAUGGGGAAGAAUAACGUAAUUAAAAGAGGAGACGAAUCAAAUCCUCUCAAAAAGGAAAAUAAUUUAAAACACCGUAGUGAGUGAACUAGUGAGUGAAUCGUUUUUCCUUUCGCUUCUCCAACUUACGUCACGGUCAACGACUCCAUUUUUUUUUUUAGAUAUAUCUUCCUCUCUUUCUCACUUUUUUGUCUUUUGAUUACACACAUUUCAUUCCUUUAUAAUGGCUGCUCCUACGACACAAGCACAACAACAACCAGUAGAUCCUACCAAAAAGACAGGUGCUCAAUUAGGAGCACUCGAAGAAGACGAUGAAUUUGAAGAAUUUGCUGCUGAAGAUUGGGCUGAAGAAGACGAAGAUAAGGACGAUACACAUUACUGGGAAGAUAACUGGGACGAUGAUGAUAUUGAAGAUGACUUUUCAUUACAGCUCAAGGCUGAACUGGAAAAAACCUCAUCGGAUACAGCAAUGAAGAUGUGAAUAAUUAGUUAUCCGCGUUUGUUAUAAACUUAUUUACAUCUUGAUCUUAUUUUUUUUUUUUUGAUCGUCAUUCUCUUUUACGUCAUUCAUCAACAUAUCACUUUCUCGUUUUUACCAUACUUAUCAACCAAAUCACAACACCAUCCCUUAUCAUUUUUAUAUUAUUACUUUUUUAUAUAUAAAUAUAUAUAUAUAGUUUAUCACAAUAAAAGAAAUAGAAAAAAGUUGGAAAUAGGAUAUAGAAGAAUC